CUUAUGUCUUGGCCUUUUUCAAUGCCAGUCUACAUACUGCAUUUAAAAACAUUUUCAAGAUCAAUGCCAGUCUACAUACGGCAUUUAAAAACAUUUGCAAGAUCUUGCAAUUUUAUUGUUUGAUUUGAACGCCUUAUUUGUUUUAGUUGGAGAGCGCUAGUGAGGCUACAGUUUCGUUUUCGAUUCACCUGAAAUAACGUCAGCCCAGCUGACCCAGGCGCUCAGAAUUUCCUCGUCGCAUUUGCUAAAAUAAUGGGAAUGGUUUAACGUUGGUUGUCAGCGCGUUAGAAAUUAUGGAAUCAACCAUUAUAAAACGUAUUUGCGCCAAUAAUGGGUCGAUGAAUAUCAGUGAACUAGAAAACAAUUUUUACUAUGACAUGAACGUGUCUGUGCAAGACGUGAUUUUGAAUCAUGAUAUGUUUUGUUUAGUUGAUUUUAACGGAGAGCAAAGAGUUGUCGCUAAGACGGAUGUUCGACUCUGCAGGUCCCAAGAUUGCCAUGGAUGCAGGAAUUUACAUUUUUGUAAACGAUUUCUCCUUGGAGAGUGCCCGUUUGUUCAGAGAAGAAGAGGAUGUCGCUUCAGCCAUGAUUUGACCUCCGUGGGUAACAGAAAAAUCUUAAAUGAACAUGGACUGGAGGAACUGAACAGAGCUGAGCUAUGUACUCUGCUUCUUCAGAACGACAACUUCCUCUUACCACCAGUGUGCCACAACUACAACAAUGGUGCAGGAGAGUAUGGAAAAUGUGUAGAUGGAGAGACCUGCAAGAGGCUCCAUAUCUGUGAGAAUUUUCUCAGUAGAAGCUGCAACUGCUCCAAAUGUCAUGAUUUCUACGAGCCCCAUCCACUUAAAACCCUGCAGGAUAAAGGGGUGCCAAGCAGGCUCAUUUGCUCCCUGAAGUCUGUGUACAUGAACAUUGAAUGGUUGCAAAAGCAAGGCCAUACCAAGCAAAAAAAGCGACAAAUACCAAGAGGUAGUCAUGAUGUAGAUGGUGUGAAUAGACCCAGGGGCGUACGCCAACAAGAGUCUGACCAUGACGCUGCUGCUCAGGCUGCUGCCACUCCAAACACAAGCCAGGGGUUCAACAGAUCUGGUCCAGAAAAAACUGAGAUAUGCAUGUACUUCAUCAAGGGCAGUUGCAAACAUGGUGAUAAGUGCUUUAAAGUCCACUGUACCAUGCCCUACCAAUGGGAAGAGAGGGUGGGACAAAUCUGGACAGCUCUUAAAGACAACGAGGAGAUUGAGAAGGACUACUGCAACCCUGCAAAGACAUACAGCAGUCGGGUCCAGCCUGUGUGUUUCGAUACAAUGACCUGUGGCUCAAACAAAGUCCGACGUCUAUCCACGGUCUCCUCUGUGCUUCAGCCUACCUUUAUCCUAACCACAAAGUGGACCUGGUUUUGGGAGGACGAGUAUGGAAUGUGGAUUCCAUAUGCAUCAGCUAAUGGUGGACACAGAUCAGCCACUGUCACCAGUGAAGACCUUGAGCAGAGUUUCCAGGAAGAUAACCAGGCAGUAGUGGAGUUCAACGCGGGAUCUCAGAACUACAAACUUAGUUUCCCAGAUAUGAUUCAAACAAACCAGCAGUACGGCACCAAGAAGGUUGUAAGAAGACGGCCUGAGUUUGUGUCUUCAAGUGAUGCACAAACUAUCAAAACCAGCAAAAAGGCACCCUACAUUCGCCAAAAUUUCAGAGCUUUACCAGAACGCUGGGACAAGGCACAGAUUCCUGAAACAGGGUACAAGAAAGUCAAACUUCCAUGCGUGUCAUUGGAGUUUAUGGACAUUAAACGGCUUUUCUGUGACACUAUGAGGGGCUUCAAGAUCCACCAAAUCGAACGGAUUCAAAACAAAGCACUUUGGGAAGUUUUUCAGUGGCAAACGGAUCUCAUGAAAAAGAACAGCAGAGGACAGAAUGUGAUAGAGAAACAGCUUUUUCACGGCACUGACUCCAAAUACCUCGAUGCCAUAUGCCUUAACAACUUUGACUGGCGGAUCUGUGGUCUUAACGGAACCGCCUAUGGGAAAGGUAGUUAUUUUGCCAGGGAUGCCAAGUACUCCCACAGCUACACUGGCCAAUCAGAUAGGAGGUCCAUGUUUGUCUGCCGUGUGUUGGUUGGAGAUUACACCAAAGGACACUCCAGUUACCUCCGGCCCCCCUCAAAAGAUGGAGGGGAUACCAUCUUCUACGACAGCUGUGUGGAUGACGUCAGAAACCCCUCCAUCUUUGUGGUAUUUGAGAAGCACCAGGUGUACCCAGAGUACCUUAUCCAUUAUAGUGAAGAUGUCUCAUUGGUGCAAGUCUACCAGCCAUACUAUUCUUCAGCGGCUGCAUCAGUGGCUGCAUCAGCACCAGCACCGAGACCUGCACCAGCACCUAGGCCAACACCAGCACCUAGGCCAACACCAGCAUUUUGGCAAACACCACCACCUACCCCAGCACCUAGGCCAACACCAGCACCUAGGCCAACACCAGCAUUUUGGCAAACACCCCCACCUACCCCAGCACCUAAACCUGACAACUCCUGUGUCAUAAGCUGAAGCAGACUUUUAGGUAUAUUGACCACCAUGUCUUUAAAAAAAGGCAAUCUUGGAAUGGACUUUACUAUGAUCACUUUAAUUGCACUGUUGAAUUCUGUCUAAGCUUUUGAAUUUGAUAUUGUACAUUUACAGUAUAUGUUAAUGUGCAUCUGUUUAAUGUUCAUCAAGUAGGGGAUUUUUUAAUUUUGUGCAUAUUUUGAGACAUUUUCAGAAACACUUUAUUAAACUCUGUGCACACUCAAAAAUGCAUAUGUUUUAUUUCAAGUUUUAAAAUGUUGAAAUAUUUGGAAGCUACAUAAAUAAAUCAGUUA